CGACUGCAAGCUCGACUGAGUAGAAGCGUCAAACCAGAAGGAUAAGAAAAAUCGCCCCCUCCCCUUCGCACGGUCGAUCUGAAAUGGAGGAGGAGAUGAACCAGGCAGAGGACGAAGGAUUGCGAUCGGGUACCAUCUCCAAACUCUGCAAGCAGCGGACUCCCUACAGUGUCCUCAAACCAUUCCCUGGCAAGAAGGCGAUGACCAGGAGGUACGAAAGACCCACCAUGAUCGAGGUCCCACAACUGGCCAUAGGGGCUGGAGGAGGAGGGGCUCAUCACCAUCAUCCACCGGUUACCGUCAACACCGAGCAGCAACAACAACAGCAGCAUCACUUCCACCAUCAGCAGCAGCAUUAUCCAUACCAGAGCAUCUCGAACAACAGGAUAGCCCCCGGAGCAGUAUCAGCAUCAACAUCUAUGUUAGCUUCAGUAUCUCAAUCGUGUCUUGGAGCGACGGCUUCUGACUAUCCGCCUGUCAGGUACAACAACGUACCUACAAACCAAUCAGGAGCUGAAAACAUCAUCUUAAGUGCAGAGAGUCGCUUAAUACUUGAUGCCUUUGCACAGCAAUGCAGUCGAGUCCUGACACUCCUAAAGGACAAUGGAAAACUUCUGGACACCAACCAAACUCAAGUCAUUUCUUGUGUUAAAAAAGAGAGCGGGUGUUACGAUGAGUGCACAGGACAGUGUCAGUUGGUCAGAGGUGCCCCAGUGCAACAACGGGCAUCAGGCAAUUCAGAGACAGAAUUACAGAAUGUGCAAAAGAAACAUCAAACCUCAGCCUUGCUUCGUAUAUUUACCGAUUCUCUCCAAAGUUAUCUACUUGCUGGGGGGCGGCCGUCACAUAGUACUGUUGGGAUGAGUGAAUGCAGUCACAUGACAGACAUGGAUCCCCUUUCCACAUCUCCCACCCAUACUCUGGGAGGGUGGACAUCCCCAGCAACAUCUGAAUCUCACGUCCAUCCAUCAUCUACAUUCCCUGAGGAGGAGGAAGAAGAUGGCUACUGUCAGAGAUGCCAAGAGUUGGAGCAGGAAGUGGUUUUACUGCAACAGGAAAAUGAGGAACUAAGGAAAACCUUGGAUCGAAUUCCAGUGCCCUGUCAGACUGUUCUUGAUUAUUAUAAGACUGUACUCCAGCAUCACAAUCAACUAGUCCAACCAGUUUCAGAGGAGCAGCCAACAGAGGGAAACAAGCAGUUGUUGAACAACUAUCCUGUCUGUAUCACUAGUAAGCAGUGGGAUGAGGCUGUCAAUUCAUCUAAAAAGGAUGGCCGGCGACUUCUCCGUUACCUCAUCAGAUUUGUGUUUACAACAGAUGAACUGAAGUAUUCAUGUGGACUGGGCAAAAGGAAAAGAUCAAUGCCAUUAGGGGAGCCAGGCCCAGAGCGACGUCCUCUCGAUCCUGUCAAAGUGACCUGUCUCCGAGAGUUCAUUCGGAUGCAUUGCACCUCCAACCCAGAUUGGUGGAUGCCUUCAGAAGAACAAAUAAACAAAGUGUUCAGUGAUGCAGUUGGGCAUGCUCGCCAAGGUCGUGCUGUUGGAACUUUUCUCAGUGGCAGUGGUGGUUCCUAUUAUGAAGGCUAUGACCCACAAAUAUCCCAUGAUGAAAUGUUUAACAAGGGCUGCCAUGAAGGAUCUGGAGACUAAAGGACAACAGUGUUCAUAUAUAACUGCCACAUUGGUGUAAAAAAUGAAUGUAUAUUAAUCUAUGGUUGUAUUGGUGUUGACACCAACUAGAUAUGAUGCAACUCAAUUUUUCAUUAGAACAUUUAAUUAAAGUAACAUUUCCUGCAGAAGAUAUACCAAAAGUGACCUCAGAGGUUAACCAGCUGUGACUGUGAAUAAUUUGGUUUAUAUCCAAUUUCCUGAACAUUUGAAGUGUUAUUCCAGGCAUGGAACUGAGGAAUUGUAUUUAAUCUGUCCAAAUUCAUACAAAGGAAUAUUAUGUUUACAAUGCUCAGCCCAGGUAAGGGAGAAACAGACUUUGAUUUAAAAUUACGUAAUUUUCUACAUGGAUAAACUUGAUCAAAACCUAAAAUGGUUAUGUCGCUGAAAUUCAACAGUCUAAGCCUGGGCGUCUGGGUUUUGGUUUUUGGCAACCUAUGGAAAAUUGAAAUUUUUGCAAUUAAAAUUUGUUGCUGUGCUUUUAACUGUUCCAACUGAGUUAUAUUACUGUUUAAAGAGUUGCCAAAAUAGGAGUUAAGUUUGUCAUCUUUUAGAUAUGUGGCAAUAUUGUUGCCUGAAUGUCGAACUUUACCGUAUAGCUUAUUUAAAUUCGACCCUCACCACAAUUUUAGUCACACACUUUAUUGUGUGGUGGGUAACUGGUAGCAUUUCAAAAAUGGAACAGUCUUGUCAUGGGAAUCAACAAGAAAUGUUAUUGUAUUCUAUCAGUUGUUUGGAUUGCUAAAAAGCAAAUUGAGGGCAGGUAAGUAGAACUGCCUACAAAAAUGCUCAUUUACCAAGUAUCACAGACACAGACCAUGGUUAUAUUGCACUUUGCUUGAAUACCUUCUGUCCACGUAUACAAGUGCAUUAAUGAUGAAUGUUGUAGUAUUUGUAUUACUUGUACUAAGAGUAAUUUUAUCAAGGAAAUGAAUUUUAACAGUAGAUAGUAAAUUAUUUUAUCCCAUGGAAGAUGUUUCUUACAUACUUUCAGAUUGACUUCUGUGGUGGAAAAUUACCACAUCUUGUGUCUAUAAAGAAUUCAAUGCACUUGCUGACUAAUAUUAUCAAUAAAUGUUAAAAGACAGCUAGCUCACAAAAUCUAGCAUACGUAAAUAAAGCAUAAGCCAUCUCACCAGAAAUUAAGAGGAAGUCCCAGGUAGGGCAAUAUUCAACAACCUGGAGAUCUCUUAUAUCAAAACAUGUGUCUUUUCUAGUUUUAUAUUGUUUCUCUGUGAAGAAGGGUUGAUGAAAUAUGUUCUGAUGUGUGGUAAGUCUGUUGAUUUGUUUAAGAAGGUAGCAUGUUAGGGCUGUGCCGAUACUUACAACAUGAAGGUAACAUGACGACCUGGGAGAAAAUCAGUAAAUGCUGGAAAACUGUAAUUAAAACAGAUACCUGGAGAUAUGCCGAGAUAACAAAGUGUGGAGCUGGAUGAACACAGCAGGCCAAGCAGCAUCUCAGGAGCACAAAAGCUGACCUUUCGGGCCGAGACCCUUCAUCAGAGAGGGGGAUGGGGUGAGGGUUCUGGAAUAAAUAGGGAGAGAGGGGGAGGCGGACCGAAGAUGGAGAGAAAAGAAGAUAGGUGGAGAGGAGAGUAUAGGUGGGGAGGUAGGGAGGGGAUAGGUCAGUCUGGAGAAGACAGACAGGUCAAGGAGGCGGGAUGAGGUUAGUAGGUAGGAAAUGGAGGUGCGGCUUGAGGUGGGAGCAAGGGGUAGGUGAGAGGAAGAACAGG